UUUUAUUUCACUGAACGUAUCCAAGUAUGAAGGUGGUAGUACUGUUCUUCCUUGCUGGUGCGUUGGCUUUGCCAGCGGAUCUUGAUGAGGCAGAGUUUAAAGCUAUGUCUGUUGACCCAACAUUUAACAAACUUCCUCCAGAUUUGUCGUCAAGGAUAACCAAUGGAGUAGAAGCUUCACCUCAUUCAAUUCCCUACCAGGCCUACUUAAUUGUUUCGGGUUCAAAUAAGAGUUGGUUGUGUGGUGGAUCCUUAAUAUCUCCAAAGCAUAUCCUUACUGCAGGCCAUUGCGUUGAUGGUGGCAUCUCAGCAACUGUAUACUUGGGUAGUCACAAUCUUCAUGAAACCGAAUCCACCAGGGUCAUCGUACAAAGUCGGCACCUCAUACGUCACGAAAAUUACAACAAGUCAGACAUCAGCAAUGACAUCGGAGUGAUUGAGUUGGAAACAGAAGUGGAACUCAACGAAAACAUCAAGGUUAUAAGCUUGCCUUCUCGUGAUGUAACAGAAGACUAUGUAGGUGCAAAUGUGAAACUAAGCGGAUGGGGCCGUGUGGCUGGUGACCAGGCAACCUCAGCGGUCCUGCUGGAAGUAAACAGCACGGUUAUUAGUAACACGCAGUGCAGGCAAGUGUAUUCCAUCGUCAUAGAUUCUAUGCUGUGCAUUUCUGGGACUGGAGGAGUGGGGUCUUGCAAGGGAGAUUCUGGUGGUCCUUUAGUAUACGACAACGUUCAGAUCGGUGUCGUUUCCUACGGAGCUACAGGUUGUGCUGUUGGUUAUCCUUCUGGCUUCUCCAGAGUUACCAGCUUCCUGGACUGGAUUGAGGAGAAAACCGGAUUGAGUUUAUAACU